GAUGGAGGUGAAAGAGAGCGAGACGCUGGCCUUGACAUUUUCUCGAGCGAUAUCUGGGACUUGAGAGCUUUUUGGACGACGGCCAUGGCGAUGGAGAGAGGGAGCAAGAGCCGGAUCCUGGUGAUCGGGGCGACGGGGACUCUAGGGCGGGAGCUGGUGAGGGCCAGCCUUGCGGCGGGCCACCCCACCUUCGCCCUCGUUCGGGAGCCUGCCUUCUCCGACCCACAAAAGUCUCUCCUCCUCCGCUCCUUCGCCGCCGACGGCGUCACUCUCCUCAAGGGUUCUUUACAAGACUUUCCAAGUCUUCUUGAAGCUGUCAAGCAAGUAGAUGUUGUAAUAUGUGCGGUGCCAUCAAAGCAAACGCUGGAUCAAAAGCUUCUUAUUCGAGCUAUAAAAGAGGCAGGGUGCAUCAAGAGGUUUGUUCCAUCUGAAUUUGGAGCCGAUCCUAAUAAAGUUCAAAUCCUUGGCAUGGACCAUGGCCAUUAUAAGGAGAAAAUUGAAAUUCGACGUUGUAUAGAGAAUGAAGGCAUUCCUUACACCUACAUUUCUUGCAAUUUCCUGAUGAGGUACUUGCUUCCUUCGCUUGUGCAACCAGGUCUAAACACUCCUCCAAGAGACGAAAUAAAGAUCUUUGGCGACGGGAAUGUUAAAGCUGUCUCUUUAAUGGAUGUUGAUGUUGCCACCUUCACAAUCUGUACCAUAGAUGAUCCAAGGACAUUAAAUAUGGUAUUAUAUUUGAGACCCCCAGGUAACGUCUAUUCAAUGAAUGAAUUGGUUGAGAUGUGGGAGAUGAAAAGCGGAAAGAUUCUUGAGAAGGUUUAUAUACCAGAGGAGCAACUCCUUAGAAUCAUUCAUGAGACACCAUUUCCAGGCAACAGGGAUUUCAUUUUUAUAUAUUCUGCUUUCAUAAAGGGUGAUCACACAUACUUUAGCAUCGACUCAUCUGGCUUGGAUGGAAGCAAACUAUAUCCACACGUGAAAUACACCACUGUGAGUGAGUAUUUGGAUUCUCUCUUGUAAGAAAACUCUAAUCAAAAUUGGAAUUAUUCUGGUGAUCUCACUCUUUCUUAUCUCUUAGUGUACUGUACUUUACCAUGAAUGCACCAUUUUUCAUAAUUUUAUAGGUUACAUUCUUGUUUUUGGGAACUCUAAAUGUAUAAUUAUUUCUGUCGCUAAGAUAAGAUUUUGUUUCCGAGAA